GUAGCCUGUGGAAAUGCACCCCGCUCUUCCAAGCUCUACCCUGUCCUGACACUCAACACAGACAAAUGAGCAUCUAGCAAUCCCCCUCUAGGCCUGCAGCAGCGAAGGUGAUGGAGAUCACGGAGCUCCAGAAGAUUGGUGUGGGACUUGUAGGCUUUGGGGCAUUUUUCCUUCUUUUUGGAAUGAUGUUGUACAUGGACUCAGUGCUUCUGGCAUUUGGAAACAUCCUGUUCUUGUCUGGACUGGCCAUUAUUAUUGGACUAAGGAGGACCUUUGGCUUCUUCUUCCAGAGACAAAAGCUUAAGGGGUCUUCUUUCUUUUUGGGUGGCAUUCUCAUUGUCUUGCUUAGAUGGCCUGUCCUGGGCAUGCUGCUGGAGACCUAUGGCUUCAUUAACCUCUUCAGGAACUUCUUCCCAAUUGCCUUUGGAUUUCUGGGAUCAUUGGUGAAUAUUCCAUUUUUGAGCAAGCUGUUCCAGAAACUUGGAGACACCAGCUCCCUGGUGUAGCCUAGAUGAACAGCCUUCAGUGAAGGACAACAUCACUUUCUACAAGCAAACUGGUCUCUUUUAUACAACUUCGUGCAUUCACAAUGAUUUAUCCCUUGGCCUGCUGAGAACUACCAUAGCACCCCAGACAAAGAUGCCCUCUGGAAGCCCCUCCCAAUCCAAACAUCACAUGAAAGUAAAUCACAUGAUAUUCUCAGCUCUAUAAGCCCCUCCCAGAGUGACUAUGGUGUCCCCCCCCCGGUCGCCCUGGUCCCCCCUCUUGGCAGCCCUGGCCAUUUCAUACAUUUAAAAGCCCUGUGUGAUCAGCCAGUAGAUACAUGUGGGACCACUGAAUGGCUCAUAGCCCAGUGGGAAUUACAAGGAGAUAUUAAUUGUAUGAGCAGUCACGAUUGCACAAACAGUGAAGGCCACAUUAACAGCCCCACAUACACUACAAAUGAGCAUAGCUGAAAAAGCAUCAGAAGAGGGCAUGCCCCCUAGUGGUAUAACAGUCUCCUAAAGAUAAACCCAGUUUUCAGGAGUAUCUUGUCCAACUGAUCCCAGUCUCCAGAUGGCCACCUCAUUUUGGGUUAGCAGUAAUAUAAUUUUUAAAAAUUGAAAUUGCAAGGACUAACGUAAUUUUCCCAAUAUCCAGUUCAAGGGACAAGGCAACCCAUGCAGAGAUACUUUCACAAUUUGACUUCCUUCUCCAGGCAAAUUCAGUCAUAGCCUUGGCUACAAAAUCACCUGAAAGAAUACAAAAUAAAAUAAAUUCCCAACAAAGAUUGGAUCUGUCAAAAACAAUGCUUGAGGGAGGGGGAGAUAAUGGGAAACCUUUUCACAAUGACUUGUAGUUUUAAGACACUGUACUUUGGAUCAGUGUCUGUUUCAGAACAACAACCACCUACAGUAUGAUAAUGAUCCAUCACUGCAACUAUUUUUGUGUAUUUUUUAUUUAACAAAACCUAGACAUGUUUAAUAUAUAAAAUAAACUCUGUUUAUCAAAAUUUCAUCUUUGUUUAAAAAACGUUUAGAUAAAAUUAAAGACAGUUGUUGCAAAAUUA